AUGGACUCCAGCGACCUUUUCUCGUUCCUGGACGACAGUGCGCAACAGAAACAGCCAUCACAAGACGCUAAUGGCGACGUUCAUAUGGAAACCGAGUCCCAGGCGAAGAGCACGGCGAGGAAACGCAAGGCUAUCACCCCUCCGCAACGGAAGGAAAGCGACCCCAUAGCAGAAGGUUCCAGCAACGCCGCAGCCUCCCCAAAAUCGGUUGUUGUCGACGAAGUCGAGAUUGAGGCCAAACGGGAGGUUGCGGCUAGUGCUGGAUUGACAGGUGCCGUCGAUGCAGGAUCCCGUCUGGAGCUUCGGCAUCAGGUACGACACCAAGUUGCCGUUCCCCCAGGGUACCCCUACGUACCUAUCGCCAACCAUGUGCCCCCAGAAAAACCGGCCCGCGAAUACAAGUUCGUUCUCGACCCGUUCCAGCAAGUGUCGGUGUACGCUAUCCAGCGAAAUGAGAGCGUGCUCGUCUCCGCACAUACGAGUGCAGGAAAGACGGUAGUAGCAGAGUAUGCCAUUGCGCAGUGCCUGCUACAGAAGCAGCGAGUAAUCUACACAAGUCCGAUCAAGGCUCUGAGCAAUCAGAAGUACCGUGAGAUGCUUGCCGAGUUCGGGGACGUGGGCUUGAUGACCGGAGACGUCACAAUCAACCCGAGCGCAACAUGUCUGGUCAUGACGACUGAGAUUUUGCGGUCAAUGCUUUACCGCGGUUCCGAGAUCAUGCGCGAAGUCGCGUGGGUCAUCUUCGAUGAGGUCCACUACAUGCGCGACAAGGAACGAGGUGUCGUUUGGGAAGAGACCAUAAUCCUGCUACCACACAGCGUGCGCUAUGUCUUCCUGUCCGCCACCAUCCCCAACGCGAUGCAGUUUGCAGAGUGGAUAUGCAAGUCCCAUGAACAACCCUGCCACAUCGUCUACACCGACUUCCGGCCCACGCCACUACAACAUUAUCUCUUCCCAGCUGGGGGUGAAGGUAUCUACCUCGUUGUCAACGAGAAGGGCGAGUUCCGGGAAGACAACUUCACGAAGGCGAUGGGCAUGCUGCAAGAUACGAUGGGCGACGACCCCGCGGAUCCGAAAGCAGGCAAGGGAAGGAAGGGCAAGACAAAGAAGGGCACCGAGAAGAAGGGCUCGUCGGACAUCCAGAAAAUCAUCAAGAUGAUCAUGCUGAAGAACUACAACCCCGUUAUCGUUUUCGCGUUCAGCAAACGCGAGUGCGAAGCGCUCGCGCUUACGCUGUCUAAGCUAGAGUUCAACUCAACGGAUGAACAGGACCUCGUCGCGAACAUCUUCAACAACGCGAUUGAGAACCUUGCCCCGGACGACCGGCAGCUACCCCAAAUCGCGAACCUCCUCCCGCUCCUCAAGCGCGGCAUCGGCAUCCAUCACGGCGGGUUGCUCCCGAUUCUCAAGGAGGUCAUCGAGAUCCUUUUCCAGGAGGGGCUCAUCAAGGUCCUGUUCGCGACCGAGACUUUCUCGAUCGGGCUGAACAUGCCCGCGAAGACGGUUGUGUUCACCGCGGCGCGCAAAUUCGACGGCCGCGACUUCCGCAACCUCUCGUCCGGCGAGUACAUCCAGAUGUCCGGCCGUGCGGGCCGUCGCGGGCUCGACGACCGCGGUGUCGUGAUCAUGAUGUGCGACGAGAAGCUAGAGCCUGUGGCGGCGAAGGAGAUGAUCAAGGGCGAGGCGGACCGGCUCGACUCCGCGUUCCAUCUCGGGUACAACAUGGUGCUCAACUUGAUGAAGGUCGAGGGCAUCAGUCCGGAGUUCAUGCUCGAGCGGUGUUUCUACCAGUUCCAGAGCAACGCCGAGGUUCCCGUCAUCGAGGGCGAGCUCCGGAAGGAGGAGGAGCUGAAAGACGCGAUUGUUGUACCGGACGAGGAGCUUGUCGCGAGCUAUUACGACUUCCGGCAGCAGCUCGACCAGAUGGCUGCGGACUUCAGAGAGGUCAUCACGCACCCUAACUACAGCUUGCCCUUCCUCCAGCCCGGACGUCUCGUCAAGGUCAAGCAUCAAAAGCUCGACUUUGGCUGGGGCGUCAUCGUCAACUACCAAAAGCGGUUACCGCCCAAGAACCGCCCCGGGCCGAAACCUGAGGACGUGCCCGCCCAUGAACAAUACAUCGUCGAUGUGCUGCUCUACUGUACAAAAGGCUCGACACUGCCCAAGGACCGUAACGUUACCACACCCACCCCUGGCGGCAUCCAGCCAUGUUUGGCAGGACGUGGUGGCGAGCCGCUCGUCGUUCCCGUCACGCUCUCCACGAUUGACUCCAUCAGUCGGUUGCGUAUAUUCAUGCCGAAGGAUCUCCGACCGCUCCAGCAGCGAGAGACUACAUGGAAGGCCGUCUUAGAGGUGCAGAGCAGGUUCCCCACGGGUAUCCCACUCCUGGACCCUAUUGCCGACAUGAAAAUCACCGAUGCGAAGUUCAAGGAACUUGUCCAGAAAAUCGAUACUAUGGAGAAGAAGAUGUUCUCGAGCACGCUUCACAGCGACCCGCGCCUACCAGAGCUCUACACACUGUACGCACGGAAACAGGAACACCAGGCGCGCAUCCGCGAGCUGCGGAAACGCGUGCAAGCGACGGAAGAUGUGCUGCAGAUGGAGGAGCUCAAGUGCCGCAAGCGCGUCCUCCGCCGCCUAGGGUUCACGAACGCGUCGGACAUCGUCGACAUGAAAGGUCGCGUGGCUUGCGAGAUCAGCACGGGCGACGAGCUACUGCUCACGGAGCUCAUCUUCAACGGUGUCUUCAACACGCUCACUCCGGAGCAGUGCGCGGGUCUGCUCAGCUGUUUCGUCUUCACAGAGAAGAGCGAGCAGGUGACAAAGCUCAAGGAGGAACUCGCGGCACCGCUGCGUGUCAUGCAGGAAAUCGCGCGACGCAUCGCAAAGGUCUCGAAGGAGUCCAAGCUACCUGUCAACGAGGACGAGUACGUGCAGUCCUUCAAGGUCGAGCUUAUGGACGCUGUCGUCCAGUGGUGCCGAGGGGCAUCGUUCUCGGAUAUCUGCAAGCUCACCGACCAGUUCGAAGGCAGCCUCAUCCGUGUGUUCCGGCGCCUGCAGGAGCUCAUCCGCCAGAUGGCGCAGGCCGCAAAGGUCAUCGGCAACAACGAGCUGCAGGAGAAGUUCGAGAAGGCGUCGGAAAUGCUGGAGCGGCCAAACUCGGUCAUCUUCUGCUCGUCACUGUACCUGUAGAUCUAUCGCGACGUAUGCAUAGUGGCAAGACAUGGUUUCAUGCAUUUGGAUUCGUGUAUGUCCUUGGGGUACUUGAUUUGCUACAUAUAUACAAUCGUGUGUGUGUAAAUCUAACUUAAGC